CAACGAAUCAGCACCCAUUACCAGCCCGAUCGAGGAACGGCGUGGACCAGUAGCAGUCAAGCCAGUCAAGGCACUGCCGUGAGCGUGAAAGGCACAGUGUGUGAGGCGUUCCCCUGUCAGGUCCCGGCCGACAAGCUCUCACCACCCGCAGCUCAACUUGCAAGGCUGCCCUCUGAUUGAUCGGACGGACCCGCCAGCGCAGUCGCUAAGGGGCGACGCCUGCUCGAAACCCGUUUUGAGUUGUCGAUGGAUCGCCUGCUCGGCCGGGACAGAGUUUUGUUAAUUUCCCACAAUAUAAGGAUAGCGUCGAUGCGCACGCCUUCAUUUCUGCUUUCCCUGUCACGGCCCUCAUCUUUACGGACGCGCUCUGCACCGUUCCUCAACUGCACAGUAUCACUCUCUUACUGUCCAGCACACUGUCUCUACGAUUACCGGCCAUUCAUCCAUCACUCUCUUGGAUUGACAUCUGAACGAACCCUCACGAUCUCCACGAUAUACACAUCGCACAGAACCGUCCGCAAGCCACCGCAACAAUGGUCAACUCAUUCGUCGCAUCGCUCGCCCUCUUCGGCGCAUCGGCGUCUGCCCUGGGCGCUGGCCACGUCGUCAACAAGUGUGACUACGACGUCUACACCUCUGUCGUUCCCGCUUCAGGAGGCGGCCAGGAGACGAAGAUGUUGACACUGUCGCCGGGCGACAGCUGGGACCAAUCAUGGACACCUCUCACGAACGGUGCUGGUUGGUCCAUCAAGUUCUCGAAGGAGGAGGGCUCAUUCGGAAGCAACAUUCUUCAAUUCGAAUAUACUUCCCAGAAUGACGGCACCCUUUGGUACGACCUGAGCUGUGUCGAUGGUACGCCAUGGCAGAAAGAUUGGCACAUCUCUUCCGACACCGACGACUGCAUUCCAAAGCAGGCGGCAUAUCGGUUCUCUACCGACGACGCUCACGGCAUGCAGAACGGCUGCCCUUGCGAGGCUUCUAUCACCGUCACGCUCUGCUCUUCCAACAGCGGCAACUCUACUAGCGGAGACAACAAGCCUUCUGGCGGAGACAACAAGCCUUCCAGCGGAGACAACAAGCCUUCCAGCGGAGACAACAAGCCUUCCAGCGGAGACAACCAACCCGCGCAGGGCACUCAGCCUUCUUCGUCCUCUUCUGCCGCCGCCGAGCCUCCCGUGUACACUCCCCCGCCGUACGUUGCGCCUGCUCUUCCGACGACUCUGUCAACAUCAACACUCGUCGCGUCCCAGACCGUCGACAACAACUACGUUGCGACCGUUGUCGAGACCGUCUACACAUAUGCGACCGCCGCCGUCUCCCAAGGCGAGGAUGGGGUCCUCCACGUCAACCCCAAGAGGCACCAGCACCACCCCCACGGUCACGCUCAAUAGCGACUUUCGACCAAAAUCUUCACGACUUCAAUUCUUACUAGCUCGGCUUGUUCGCUUCACUCUUUCGCGCAAAGACAGCCGAUGCCCGAACCUCUUUUCAUAUUGCACUUGCUUCAUUGUGGAUUAACAUAACACACACCUUUCGUCAACAACAAAGAGAAACUCUUCACACUUCUGCGCCUUUGUUUGAGACGAAGCCAGAAGGCACGUUUUUCCCUCUUCUCUCAGCGAAAACAUUGAUGUGUUUCCCGCUGCUGGUCAAACAGAGAAGGAAGCUGUUCAUCUCUACUCGUCCACUGUACUGGCUGUCUGAGCGCGCUGAGCUGCCUGCCGUCACCAGUCGGAGGUUCGAUAACGACCCGAUUACGAAUCACAAACGAUGGGAUAGAAACUGGCUUGCCGGGUGUUGGAACAAACUGGAUAUUUCGUUCCGGUUUGGGUUAUGGGUUCUUUGGGUUCUUGCUUUGAUCUAUUCCCCCAGUACAUAUCUUCGCUUCGUUGGAAAUCUUUCAUACACAUAUCAAAAUCGACCGAUGCCUCUCCAA